AUGGAAGGCCUAGUGGAUCCAGAGACGAUCUACAUGAAGCAGAGCUGCAUCGGCGGCGGGAGCUUCGGACGAGUCUAUAAAGGCGUUGAUAAGCGUACCGGUGCCUCUGUUGCUAUCAAGAUCAUCGAUGUCGAGAAUGCCGAAGAUGAGGUGGAAGAUAUCAUCCAAGAAAUUGCCAUCUUGUCGGAACUCAAUUCUCCUUAUGUCACUCGAUACCAUGGUUCCUUCUUGAAGGGAUCCAGUCUAUGGAUCAUCAUGGAGUUCUGUUCCGGUGGCAGUUGCUCCGACUUGAUGCGUCCGGGAACCAUCCCAGAGGAGUAUAUCAUGAUCAUCAUAAGAGAGCUACUCAGAGGGCUGGACUAUCUACAUAGCGAUAAGAAGCUGCACCGGGAUGUCAAAGCUGCAAACAUCCUGCUUACCUCGAACGGCCAAGUGAAAUUGGCUGAUUUUGGAGUUUCCAGUCAACUGUCAGCCACAAUGACUAAAAAGAAUACUUUCGUGGGUACCCCAUUUUGGAUGGCCCCGGAGGUGAUCAAGCAAUCCGGAUACGACUACAAGGCCGAUAUCUGGUCUCUCGGAAUCACUGCAAUUGAACUGGCCAACGGAGAGCCUCCUUACUCGGACAUCCACCCCAUGAAGGUGUUAUUCUUGAUUCCCAAGAACCCCCCACCUGUCUUGCAAGGCGAUUAUAGUAAAGCGUUCAAAAACUUUGUGGAACUUUGUUUGAGACGAGAUCCCAGGGAGCGGCCAUCCGCCAGAGAGCUGCUCGAGCAUCCGUUCAUUAAGAGAGCAAAGAAGACGACCUACCUGACCGAGCUAAUUGAACGCUACGAGCGCUGGAACGCCAUCCAUGGUAAUAGGGGGGCUGAUGAUGAAGACAUUCAGGAGCCUCCACCCAAGACGCCUUCCCCUGAGGAAGAAGACGAUUUGUGGGACUUUGGCACCGUGCGGCCGGCAGGGAGAGCACCCCCUCUCAAGGCGAUGAAAGAAGCGGACAUGAACGCGAGAAGCCAUGAAGCCAAUGAGUGGAACAUGAAAGACGAGCACCGUCGGGACAUUUUACGACCAAAGAGCAAUAUGCCUCCUACACCCCUGCAGACGAAAAACGUGCCUAGCGCUAUGCCCAAGCCUCUGUCGCCCACCAAGGUUCCCUUGCCACCUUCACCUAUCAAACAAUCAUCGGAUGUCCCACCUCAGACACCUUCACACCUACAACAGCCAGUCUCACGUCAGCCAAAAGGGAGUCCUGGUAGUGACUAUGACAGAGCUCUGCAACAAGCUUUGGCUGAGGAUCUGAGCUUCCUCCAGCUUGAUCGCUCCCCAGGGCCUUCGACAGCUUUCUCGCAAGGGCGGGGUGCUCCCCCAGGUUUACAAGGAUAUCAGAAGGCUCCGCAGUCACACCUGCCGGAGGUUCCAUCGUAUCAAGGACGCCUGCCAGAUCCACCGGCCUCAAACCUCGCGAACCAGAACGUUAGACCUGCCAAAGAAGCAUAUCCACAGCGUCCAAUAUACGCACAGCCACAAACACGGCUCCCUCCAGCACCAAAGCAUAUGUCACCGCCAUCUCAGCCCCAACGGCCGCAGCAAGCGUUGCCACAUGGCCCUCGACCUUCAUCCAUGAGGCCCGAUCCUCUCCAGCUCAAUACCACAACCGAUGCGGCCCUCGAUGACAGAGCACGGGAGCGGGAGGCGAUCCAGGGCCAGACCCAGACGCCCCCUUCGAACGAGAUCACAGCUCUAAAUAGCGUGAUACUACCUGCUCUCAAAGCGGCCAUUCGUCGCCGGACGCGGCGCUUGGAGCUCAUUUCACCUAACGCAACGAGGGAUGCUAACGGCAACAUUAGCGAAUAUCAAACACGUGAGGAGUAUGUCCAUGGAAUGAUGGAAAACCUGGUGGGCGAUAUCUACGGCAUGUUUACGAAGCUUGAACGCUGGGACAACGAGGCACCCGUGGGAAUGGGCGCUCAAGUGACCUCGUUCUUAGAGGGAUUUCUAGAAGAGAUCCUUGUCCGAGUUGAGCCUUCUGACUCAGAUUCGAACCCAGGCAGGGCUUAA